AUUGAGAAAUGGUCUACAAAGGAUUGUGAAGAAUGGGCUGGUGAGAUUGGUCUUUCAAAAAAUAAUAAGAAAUUAGCAAAGAAAUACACUGGAACUGACUUGGUUGCUCUCUUCAAUCAAUGCGCUGGAGAUUUAGAAACAAUGGAUGAAGCUUUUAAUCAUGAAUUUUUACCUCUUGGAGAAUUAAAGACAUUACUUUUUCAAGUUGAGAGAAUUAGAGAAAAUUUAUUGACAUAUAAUGAUGAUUUUGUAAAAUAUGAGAAAUUGAGACAAGAAAAGAAGAAAAAGACAAAGAAAAAGUCAGCUCUCUCAAUGAAUUCUACAGCAUCAUUUGCUUCAUCUAAUUUUAUUGAUGAUCCAUUCAUGUUUUCACGUGAAAAUAUUUUAAUGAGAACACCAGAGGAAGUUGGUGACUUGAUUGUUUUAUUGUGGAAGUAUGCUCUGAGGAAAUAUAGAACUCCAAUCUCAGCUCAACAAAUUGAUUCUGUCACAAAUGAUUUGAAACAAUGUAUGGUAAAGAUGGGAAUUAAUGGAGAAGUUUUCUUGGAAAUGAAAGAAGUUUCUGAUUGGAAUUUCUUCUUUGCCAAAGAAUUGGUUAAAUAUUUGGAUAUGACUGAAUUAUUCUCUGUAAUUGUUUAUGAUUUCAUGCCAACAAAGAAGGAAUAAAACAAUUGUAAAAG